AUGCCCUCAACAUCCACUUUUGUUAGAUCCGCUGUUUCAAAAUAUAAAUUUGGUGCUCAUAUGUCGGGUGCAGGCGGGAUUUCCAAUAGUGUAACCAAUGCGUUUAACACAGGUUGUAAUUCAUUUGCAAUGUUUUUGAAAUCACCAAGAAAAUGGAUCUCUCCACAAUAUACACAAGAGGAAAUAGAUAAAUUCAAGAGAAACUGCGAAACUUACAAUUAUAAUCCACUGACCGAUAUCUUACCGCAUGGUCAAUAUUUUAUCAAUUUGGCCAAUCCAGACAAUGAAAAGGCAGAAAAGAGUUAUGAUUCAUUUAUGGACGAUUUGAACAGAUGUGAGCAACUGGGUAUCGGCUUGUAUAAUUUACAUCCAGGCUCUUCUUUGAAAGGCGACCAUCAAUCGCAGUUGAAGCAAUUAGCCUCGUAUUUGAAUAAAGCCAUCAAAGAAACGAAAUUUGUCAAGAUUGUGCUGGAAAAUAUGGCUGGUACUGGAAACCUUGUAGGAAGUUCCUUGAUAGAUUUAAAGGAGGUUAUUGGUAUGAUCGAAGAUAAAUCAAGGAUCGGCGUUUGCAUAGACACGUGCCAUACGUUUGCGGCAGGAUACGAUAUCAGUAAUACAGAGUCGUAUGAUAAAUUCUGGAAGGAGUUCGAUGAUGUAAUAGGAUUAAAAUUCCUUAGCGCUGUUCACUUGAACGAUUCUAAAGCUCCUCUAGGAGCAAAUAGAGAUUUACAUGAACGCUUGGGUCAAGGUUACUUAGGUAUAAAUGUUUUUAGAAUGAUAGCUCAUUCCGAAUAUCUACAAGGCAUUCCUAUUGUCUUAGAAACUCCAUAUGAUAAUGACGAAGGCUAUGGUAAUGAAAUUAAGCUUUUGGAAUGGCUAGAAUCCAAGAGUGGGAAUGAAUUGUUAGAAGACAAAGAGUAUAUAGAAAAGAAUGAAACGCUGCAGAAAUUGGGUGCUAAAUCACGUAAGGAGCAGUUAGAGAAGUUUGCAGUUAAGCAAAAGAAACAAGCUGGGAGCGGCAAGAGAAAGAAGGCUGCCGUAGAACCAAGCGAUAAUGAUAUCUUGUCUCAAAUGACGAAGAAAAGAAAGACUAAGAAAGAAUGA